GCGGAAAGUACUAAGCAAUACAAAACAUCUAAUCUCCAUUGCCAACUAAGUUUACAUCCUUAAUCCGAUCUACAAGCUAUCUCAAUUUGAAACUUCAUAUAUACCAUAGUUGUUUGAUUAUUAGAUCCAUAAUGAACACCACCGAUGGCUGAAACAGUAAACAUUUUAAUAGAGAAUGGUGCAAGUUCACCUUCUUUAGGUGCUAAUGAUGAGUGGUUAAAUUCCAUUAUGAGCCAAGGGGGAGAAAAUGGAAACAGCAAAGUGCAGCAGCCCAAGUUUCAGCGAGUUCCACAGAUGCUUCGUGGGAUCAAACCCAACUCUGAUUGCUACGAUCCUAUGGUGGUAUCCAUUGGUCCCUAUCACCAUGGCAAACCAGAGCUCCAGGAGAUGGAGAGGCUCAAGAUUACAAUGGCCCGCCAUUUUUUUGAACGCAGUAAAGAACCCGUUAAAGCGUUGUACAACAAGGUGGCUCAAGUGGCCACUGAUGCAAAGAUAUGCUACUGUGAGAGCUCAAUUGAAGGAUUGAACGAUGAGGCAUUCACCCAAAUGAUGUUUCUUGAUGGCAGCUUCGUUCUCCAAUUCAUCUUCUGUCCUGAAGAUAGAAUUAAAGAGAUGAAACCUCAUGUUGAAGCUUUUGUGAUGCGGGACUUGUUCUUAUUGGAGAACCAACUUCCUUUUUCAGUGCUUAACUCAUUGAUGAGCUCGAGUUUCGAAGAAGGGAUGAAAAGCAUCCACGAUUUCAUAGAGGAAAUUCGCUGUUUUCCCACCAAACAAGCUUCGAUCAAGGAAAAUAUAAUGAAGACUGUUAGCAAACUCUGGCCCCAAGCACAAAAAAUGGAGCCAGAGGAAGAAAAUAAUCAGGAUCCUCAGCCUCUCCACCUUCUUGAGCUUUUUUAUACUCAAUUCAGUAAAAAAAGCAGCUCCGCUUUCCCUCGCAGGAAAAACAAAAACAGAAGAGUAGACAACUGGUUCUCAUAUCGCUCCGCCAACGAACUUAAGAGCGUGGGAAUCCACUUCGAGCCAAGCAAGACUGCUAGUUUCAUGGAUGUCAAGUUCAUAUCAACAUCCCUCUAUGGAGUCCUUAGACUUCCUCCAAUUCACAUAGGUGACUUGACCAAGUCCUUGCUCUUAAACUUGGUUGCCUACGAGAUGAGCACCGACACAUCCAUUGUUGCAAAGAUCACUUCAUAUAUAUGUUUCAUGGAUUCACUGGUCGACCAGCCCGAAGAUGUGAAGGAGCUGCGAUCAAAUGGCAUACUUGUGAAUUUUCUUGGAUGCGACCAAGAGGUGGCAGAUCUCUUCAACGAGAUAUCCAAGCAUCUGGUGCUCCACCGAGAUGCUUUUGAGGAUGUUAAGGACCAAAUACAAUCGCAUUACAAGAACAUUGGAAAAAGAUGGAUAGCCGAAUGGCUGCAUACUCAUUUCUCUAGCCCUUGGGCGCUUUUGGCCUUUCUCGGUGCAAGUCUUGCUCUUGUUCUUACCGCCAUUCAGACCUACCUAUCAGUGUUCCCAACCAAAGGAUGAAUACUGUUUAGCAAGAACCCUGCCCCCUUCAGAAAAAUUUGUUGGAGUUGACGAGUUUUUGGUGAAUAUGAGGUGAGAAAAUAUUUUGAUGUAGUAUUUUUAGUUGAAAAGUAAUGGAUCUCCAUAGUUUGAGCAAGAUUUGUAGGAAUUUAUGCAUGUUGAAUUGGAGAAGGCUUCCCUUUGCCAGGGAGAGUCAGUGUGUGUGGAGAGUUGAGAGAGAAUGAAGGAAAAAAAAAAAAAAAAUUGUUAUGUAUUUGCAUUUUUUUUUUCUAUUAAUGAAAUUUAUGUUUUUUCUUAUUUUUAA